AUGUCUGUGGUCUCCGUGCCAUCGACAGCUCUCUGGGACCACACCCAAGACGCUCAUGGUGUCGGCAAUGAGGAGGGAGCCAACAGCAAGUCAGAUUGAGCAAUGUUGCAUGUCAUGUCCAGCUUUCAAGAAGCCAUCCUUGGCUCGGUCGAGGUGUACAGUGAUGUAUGUUGGUGGCCGGAGAUAAACUACUGCUUCUGACGAGCAGUUGGUGUUUUCCCAUCAAGUUGCCAGUACUAUAUUCUCAACCCUCCGUAUCCUGCGUUCUCCUCAAUACUAGUAUAUUGAGUUGCAAUAAAAUCAAUGUCUUGGGAACUUCUGCCUUUCGUACGCGCUUGGUGA